UUUAGUUGACAAUACGGGUAUUCAGUAGUUCAUUUCUUACUUUUUUGUCGUUCAAUGGCAGCUUGGUUUAUAUUUACCACAGGGCAUUUGGAUAAAAAUGACGGAGCUUACACAAGAACAGUUGCAAGAAUUGCGUAGAGCUUUUGACCUCACCCAAGACUCUGGCGUUGUAGACCAGUACGGUGCCAAAAAGAUGUUGCAGAUAUUCAACAUGAACCCGACCACAGAAGAUGUUACAAAGCGAUACCUUGAACAUCAGAAAGACACAAGUUCGGGAUUAACAUUUGAAGAGUUUGAAAGCAUAUUCCAUGACUAUCUGGUAGACCACGCUAAAGUCCCUGGUGCCCUAGAGAAGACAUUGACAGACCUGUUCGAUGGACAAAUCAACAAGUCAGAACUGAGAAAGAUACUGACGGAAAUGGGAUCUGAACCGUUUGAACCAGAAGAGGCGGAUGAAGUUAUCAAUGAGAUAAAUUUUGACGAAAAUGGAACAGUAUCACAAGACACAUUAAAAGAAUUUCUGCUUAACCGUGUUAAAAUGAGAUUGCCGCCAGCUAAAACGGAAGAAGAGAACGGCGGACAAGAAUCGACGAAUGUUGCUCCGACAUCAGUUGAGGAUGAUGGGAAUUUGUAAAGAUUUACAGUUUCAAAGGAAAAUAUUGUAGUAUUCAGCUGUAGCAUUUGUAUCGUAUAACUAUUGCUGGUAUAGACAGCUGACUCAAAGAAUAAUUGUGAUAUGUCUGUAUGUCACUAAUGACUUACUGCAAGAUAUGCACCUCUUUACUAAUAAUUUGUUUUUCAGUUUGAAAAGAUAUCAUUACAUUUACAUUAUUUAUUGAUAUUUCUUGUUUACAUUUUGUAUUGUAUAAAUUGAUGUAGUAUUUACAUGGAAUAGAAAAUAAACGGGUUAUCACUAGAUAACUAAAAAAGAUAUACAUAUACUGCUGUAGUGUUAAAAGACUUUUUACCUUUUAUAAUAUCAGUAAGCAGUUAUGGUGAAAUCUGCAUCAGUAGAAAUAAAUCUUAAUUGCAGUGUCA